CAGACGCGCGUAUAACCUUUAACCCGGCUGCCAAAGAUCGGUAUCGUGUCUACAACACACACGAUAGGUGGUGGGAAAAAAAUAAUAAUAAUAUAUACGUCGUGGCGUGCAAUAAAUACGCGCUGCUGCGGAUUGCCUCCUCAAUAAUCGUAGAUAGGUCAUUGCGGUUGUUUCGAAUCGGGAUAGACACUGGCUGGCAGCCCAUUACGAUUUGCGUGCGCAAUCUAAAUAUAGGUUUUCAGCGGUUUAGCGAGUGUCUCGUGAAAACGUACUAUAUAAUAUAAUGUACGGAAUUAAUAAUCCCGUAUAAUAUCAUUAUGUACCUACUACAUGUGAGAGCAGCCGCUAUUAUAUCCGUUCAUUAAUUCCACGCGCGACAUGCAAUCCGCAGCUACUGCAGUGGUCCUGUUCCUGUUGUCCGGUUUCGCGGUCUGUGCGGCGGAAGAUGUGGGACGCAUCACCAUCGUGGGUCUGUUUCCGUCCGAAGAUUCGGUAGAACAAAUGGCCUUUGAACUGGCCAUACAUAAAGUCAACUUGGAUCCGACACUUUCGAACGACGUCAAACUCGAAGGCCGAGUAGAAAUCGUCGACAUCAACGACGGUUAUCAGACUAGCAAAAUAGUAUGCGAAUCUCUCGAGUCUGGCGUUGGAGCUAUUUUCGGUCCCGCAGGCUACGAGUCAUCGGUCAUAGUCCAAUCGAUAUGCGAUUCUAUGGAAAUCCCUCACAUCGAAACCCAUUGGAAAAUGAACCCUAGACAACAACCAAACUAUUACAUAAACGUUUAUCCGGAUCCGGUGGUCCUCAGUCGUGGGUAUACGGCCAUCGUCCGCGACAUGGAUUGGACAUCCUUUACUUUGCUAUACCAGCGAGAUGAAGGACUGUUAAGGUUGCAGCAUUUAAUCCAAGAUUAUUCUGGACUGACCAAAUUAUCGGAUACUGAAUUAUCGGCUAUUACUAUUAUAAAGUUAUCAGAAAAUAACGAUUAUCGACCUAUGCUCAAAGAGGUCAAAAAAUCUCUGGAGAGUCAUAUUGUCUUGGAUUGUGAUGCAGAUAUCAUAUUAACUGUAUUGGGGCAAGCUGAAGAUGUAGGCCUAAUGGACGAUUACCACAGUUUUAUUAUUACUUCUCUGGAUGCACACACUAUAGAUUAUGGUCACUUACAAUUUAAACGUACCAAUAUCACUGCAGUGAAAUUAAUAGAUCCGUCAAGUCCAACAGUGACUAGUAUAAUGGCAGAUCUUGAAUUCGUUCAACAGAGAAUGAAUUUGAAUAUGGAAGUAUUUCGAGCAGAGACAAUUACAGUUAACGCGUUAUUGAUGUUUGAUGCGGUCAAUGUGUACGCUAAAGCGUUGCGUGGUAUUGGUGGCACAAAGGCUAUCAAGGCCGAACCGAACAGUUGUGAAAAUCGAUCGAUUACUGGAUGGUCCAGUGGAUUUAGUCUUAUCAACUUCAUGAGAGUCGUAGAAACCGAUGGUCUCACAGGCAAAUUACGAUUCGACCAAGAUUCUGGGUAUAGGAGUUAUUUCACAUUGGAAAUGGUUGAGUUGACAAAUACGGGGUUCAAGAAGAUCGGUGUUUGGGAUCCGCAAAAAGAAAUGUCGUACACGAGAACUAGGAAUCAAAUGCUGGACGAUCUGGUGAACGCAAACAUGAACAAAACUUUCAUUGUCGCAUCAAAAAUUACGGAGCCGUACAUGAUGUUGAAAGAAGAUCAUAAAAAUCGCGUUGGCAAUGACAAGUACGAGGGAUACGUGGUUGAUUUAAUACAUAUGAUUUCGGAAGAGAUCAACAUCACGUACGAGUUCAAAUUGCGGAACGAUGGUAACGGAAAAAAAGACAAGAAAACUGGUAAAUGGGACGGACUUAUCGGAGAAGUUCAUGAACUGAGAGCCGACUUAGCUGUUUGCGAUCUGACCAUCACACACGACAGGAGGACGGCAGUUGAUUUUACGACUCCUUUCAUGAAUUUGGGAAUCAGCAUCUUGUUCAGUAAACCAAAAGAACCAGAAACAAAUUUGUUUUCUUUCACUCAACCCUUAUCGUUUCAUGUGUGGAUAUAUACUGCGACUGCAUACUUGGGUCUAUCAAUUAUUCUCUAUAUAUUAGCUAGGAUUACUCCUAACGAGUGGCAAAAUCCUCAUCCGUGUGCAUCGGAGCCUGAAGAACUCGAGAACUCGUUGUCUUUAAUAAAUUGUUUAUGGUUUUCUUUGGGGUCUAUAUUAUGCCAGGGGAGUGAAGUAUUGCCAAGAGCUUUUUCAACAAGAGUGUGCGCGUCGAUGUGGUGGUUUUUUGCAUUAAUCGUAACGCAGUCAUACACUGCUAAUUGGACCGCAUUUUUAACAUCGAGUCGAAAGGAGUCUGCGAUCAAAAGAGUUGAGGAUUUAGACAAACAGUCGACCAUAAAAUAUGGAUGCGUUAGAGGGCAAUCGACUGCCGGGUUUUUUGAGAACUCUGACGUGAACCUUUAUCAGAAAAUGUAUAGCGUAAUGGAAACAUACGGUGACACGGUUAUGAUGUAUGACAAUAAACAGGGUGUAGACCGAGUGAAAAAAGAAAGAGAAGCCUACGCUUUUUUUAUGGAGUCCAGUACAAUUGAGUAUGAAGUCCAGAGAAAUUGUGAUUUGACAGAAGUAGGAACCUGGUUGGAUAACAAAGCAUAUGGAAUCGCAAUGCCUUUUAAUGCUCCACAUAGAACGGCAGUCAGUAUGGCGUUAUUAAAACUUUCCGAAUCUGGGAAGCUAAUGGAACUAAAAGACAAAUGGUGGUCGGUAUCUGAAGACAAAAUGUGUCCAAUACCUAAAAAAGAUUCUGCAGAGCUAGACGUAAAUGAAGUGGGAGGGAUGUUUGUCAUUCUUAUUUUGGGUUGUAUGUUAGGAUUUCUAUUCUCACUAUUGGAAUUCUUAUGGAACAUUCGAAAAGUGGCAGUCGCAGAAAAAUUAUCGCCUUGGGACGCAUUCAAGCUGGAGCUGAAAUUUGUGCUUAAAUGCCACCAUUCGACUAAACCAGUCAGACACACUACAUAUUCGGAUGAACCAAAAAUAGAGGAAAUAAAUAUCUUUCGUUUUUGUUCAGUGUGCAGUGUGCUUCCGAGUUCCGACCCACAUGGUAUAGAAAUGUGUGCGUUCGUCGUCACGCUGUGUUCGUCGUUCGUGGUGUUACUACUUCUCGUGGGAGCUUCCGAAGACGACAUUAUUAAGCCGUCGGCAAGCAACAAGGUCGUAAAAAUCGUUGCGUUGUUCAACGAGAACGAUGAUUCCGCCAAUCAGUUGGCGUACAACGUGAGCGCAAAAAUCGUUAACAUUAUGGACACGGUGUUGCCUAAAAACAAAAUCGUCCCAAGAUCCGAGUACGUCGUGAACGACAUGUAUAACGUGACACGUGUUGUAUGUGACUCGUUGAAACUUGGAAUCGCAGCGUUUAUUGACGGAACAGACGACGAAGACAUUGCAAAUGUGGUCAGAUCCAUUAGCACCCGAACACAAAUACCAUUCAUCGAAACGCAUUGGAAAACAUUCAACCGACCCCCUGAUCCUUACGCCAUCAAUAUUUAUCCCGAUCCGUCUCUCUUGGCGAAGGCUAUACGAGAUAUAAUAUUGGACAUGGAUUGGGACUCUUUCACUGCUAUCUAUGAAAGUCCAGAAAGUUUGAUUAGACUCAAAGCCCUGUUAAUGCAUUUCGAUUACGGGCACAAGGCUCCGGGAAAAUCUAUUAAAAUCGUUCAAAUUCCACCUACAGACGAUUUUCGGCCGUUGUUCAAGGAAUUGAAGUUGUCUGGUGAAAAACACAUUAUAUUGGACUAUGAAGUAGAACACAUCAUGCACAUACUGGGACAAGCCGAGGAAGUGCACUUCAUGGGAGAUUACCAGAGCUUUGUUAUCACAAAUUUAGACGCGCACACGUUAAGUUUCAGCGAGUUUCAUAAAUCGAUGGCCAACAUUACGUUGAUCCGGUUAAUCAACCCGGAAAGUCAGCACGUCAAAAACGCUGUCGAGGAAAUCGUGUUCAACGAACAGAAAAGCGGACGGAUCAGUGUUUUAUCGCCGAAUACGAUGAAAACAAAAACCGCGUUGAUGUACGAUGCGGUGAACUUUUUCGCAACAUCGCUCCAUGGUUUGGUGGCAACCCAAACGAUGGGGCCCAUGAGAAUUGCCUGCGGCGACAUAAAACCGUGGGUGCACGGAUACAGUCUAAUCAACUACAUGCGAGUGAUGGAGGUAAACGGAUUGACCGGAAAAAUGAGAUUCGACGCAGAAACAGGAAACAGGAAUUACUUUAAAUUAGACGUGGUCCGAGUGCAAGAGAGCAAGAAGCACCGUUUGGGAUCUUGGGAUCCGGAGCUGAAUAUGACGCUGACGAGAUCGGUGUCGGAAAUCAACUCAGAAUUCGCACAGUCGAUUACGAACAAGACGUUCAUCGUCGUCGGAAAAUUAGUUCAACCAUAUCUUAUGAGAUGCAACGCCACGGAAAAAGGAAUGGACAAAGACGAAGAAUGUUUCGAAGGAUUUGCGUACGACUUGGUCGAGGAGAUGGCCAAAUACAAUGGAUUUAAAUUUAAGUUUACUACCAACCAAGAUUACGGCAUUAUGAAUCACAAGACCGGCAAGUGGAAUGGUAUGAUCGGAGAGUUGCAGUCCAUGCGGGCGGAUCUAGGGAUCUGCGACCUUACGAUCACUUUUGAUCGGCGGAACGCGGUAGACUUCACGACGCCGUUCAUGACGCUGGGCAUAAGCAUACUGUACGCGAAACCGGAGAAGAAGAAACCGCAGCUAUUCUGGUUCCUGAACCCGUUGUCUUUCAGCGUCUGGAUGUACACCGCGACCGCGUACCUGGGCGUGUCUUUGUUCUUGUUCAUGUUGGCCAGAAUGACACCGUUCGAAUGGGAACUCCCGCACCCGGUCAAGCCCGGAGACGACACGAUGGAGAAUUCGAUGACGCUGCUCAACUGCCUGUGGUUUUCCAUCGGUUCCGUGCUGUGUGCCGGAUGCGAAGUCCUACCCAAAAUCACACCCAACGAAUGGAACGAUCCACAGCCGUGGAAAGACGGUAACAACGACCUUGAGACUAGGCUUAAUGUGGCUAAUCUGAUAUGGUUCAGUUGCGGCACCAUGUUGCAACAGGGUUCCGAUGUAUCACCUCAGGCAGUGUCCACGCGUUUAGUGGCAGGGAUGUGGUGGUUUUUCGCGCUGAUCAUGACAUCGUCGUACACCGCCAACCUGACCGCGUCUAUUACCAGCGGACGUCUGGACACUCCAAUCAAGAACGUCGAUGACUUGUCGAAAGACUCGAACAUCGAGUACGGCUGUUACAAAGAAGGAUCGACGGCCAGUUUUUUCCAGAAAUCGAACUUGAGUUUGUACCAGAGGAUGUGGAGCGUAAUGGAAGCGUCUAACCCGACCGUGUUCACGAAGAGCAAUCAGGAGGGCGUUGACCGGGUACUCAAGGGUAAAGGCCGGUACGCGUUCCUCAUGGAAUCGUCGAGCAUCGAAUACCAGACGGAACGCAACUGCAACCUGAUGGAAAUCGGCAACACACUCGACUCCAAAGGGUACGGCAUAGCAAUGCCGAUGAAUUCCCCGUAUCGUACGCUGAUUAGCGAAUCGGUGUUGAGAUUACAAGAAUCCGGAUUCAUGCGAGAGCUCAAAGACAAAUGGUGGAAAGUCCAAGGAGACAAUAAAUGCGAGGAAGAAGACGAAAGCGACGAACUCGGCUUUACGAAAAUCGGUGGCGUUUUUGUGGUACUGGUUCUCGGAUGUUUAAUUGCGUUUAUGUUUUCCAUAUUGGAGUUUUUGUGGAACAUCCGGAAAGUGGCCAUCGAAGAAGAGAUAACACCGAAAGAAGCAUUGAUUUUAGAAUGGAAAUUCGCGAUGAAAUGUGACGGAGGAGUCAAGCCACUAAGGCGGCGGCAUCAUAUCGAUACCGGAACGAACAAUUCUGACACAAGCUAAACUCUGAAGAGAUGACUAUUGACUACGACCGACGACGUUUAGUAUACUUGUUGGUAAACUAUUUUUUUUCGACCCCGUCGGUGAUAACGAAAUACAAACUUCAGUUGAAAGAUAUUCAAUAGGAAUACAGUUAAAUACAUAUGGGUAAGAUCGACGAGCAAAUUCAGAGUACGGCUCGGUAAACGAACAUUAAAUUAAAAUUCUAACGAUGAAUAAUUAUUAUAACUUUGACGUAUUAUAUGAAUCUGACAUUUUUUUGUUUCAAUAAUAAAUGCGGUUAAUUGUUUUACUAUUA